AUGAACAAGCCACUGCCACCACCUCCUCCUCCCGGCUCCGAGCCAGAACCCACUGCUUCUGUUGGAAAAAAUCCCGUCAAGCUCGAUAGAAUAAUAUCCCCUCUCUCCCAAGCCGAUUUAUACAAGAUAUUCUCUGGAGCUCCGCAGUUCUUUGCAAGGACCGAGGGUCACCAUACCGGGGCACCACAUCCUUCCGUAGCGUUUCCGUGGGACUCGGAGUUGCAUAUACGGGAUCUGUGUGACCAUGUACAAAUACAGGACGAGGCAUGGGGGUGCGUCACGGCAUGGCCGCAUAUCACGGUGCAGGUCAGCAAGAACCCAGAGGCGAAGAAGGAACACUGUGAAAGGCAAAGGGCGCAUUUCCUCCCACGGUGCAGAGAACGGCCAAAUAUGCUGAGCAUGCAAGGGACGGAAAGAGGAACAGUGGGAUACCAAGCAGCACUGGAAAUUGGAGUUGCCGAUGCGUUGGAAAUAGCAGAUGGUGGAAGCCCAGACGAGAUUUCAGAACAUCGAAAGAAGUUUCUCAAUGGGAAAGAUGGACUGCGGCCUAUCACGGAUGCGACACUUAUUGAUCAGCUCAUAUCUGUCAGCGAGGUGUACCAGGAAGAUCCAUUGAAGCACCGCCGGCCUACACUUCAGAUGUAUACUGAAUUGUUUACCCAGAUCUUAUUUCCUCCUUCGAGAGUGACCGAUUCGAAUGAUCCAUACAGUCUCCAGGUCCAGGUCGAAUCCUUGGUUCAGGUGCUUGCUACACCUCUGAUAUGGGUCGAUUUCAGCUUGGUGGAAUGGCGAAUCAGGUUAGGUCAUAUUUUAUGGGGAUCUUCAUCUGAUGUGCUCCCAGAGGACGAGAUCACUGUCAACAACGAAGUUGUCCACGAACCUGGAACGCAAAAAUACUGGCUGUUGCUACAAAUAUUGUUAUCCUGCGAGUUAUUGGUGCGGCUAGAUAUGAUUUCAAGGAACAUUGAUCAUGGGCUGGCAGCUGUCAAACCAGCUGAGAUAAGGCGGUUUGAACAGCAUGCUACUGCGAAUGUGAAAUGGUCCAUGCUAUUGGCACGAACGUGGCUGGAGAGUAUCAGAAUUGAGAAGAUAAAUUCCGAGGACGAGACUGCCGAGAAGAAACCUGCUGGAUGGCUGGCUACCUUGACCGGCACUGGAGGUGCUGCAACUACAAUCAGCCAAGGACUCAAUAAAGUCCAGUUUCACGGGAGACACCAAGCUCAGCAGCUCGCUGGAUUGGUCCACUUUGCUCAGAAAUUGGGAUGGCCAGAUCUUGACAACCUUAAAGCAAAAGUAACUGCAAACACAAUCUCAAUAUCGGACAGCGUUGCAAGCACUCCCGCUGGAACACCAAUGACAAUGGCCACAGGAAGAUCAUCAUCAUAUUUCGCAUACCGGAGACCUAAGAUCAAGCGUGGCCUUUCUUCACACAAAAAUGUCCAAGCAAUCAUCCAUCCAGCUGGAUGGCUUUCGAAUUCAUACAUCAGUGGUUUAAUUUUACCCGGCGAAGGUUUGAGCCACUUUUUAAUAUCAACUUUAUUGGAGAACGAUGAUGCGGCUGUGGCUAGACUUGGCGAAGAGGCGAAUUUGUACGGUGGUUUUAUUUACGGCGACAAAAGCUUUUGGAGUACGGCUUGUAUUAUCGGGAGGGUUCUGGCUGCUGGGAAGGGGGCGUCGGAGUGCAUGGGAUGGAUUUCUUCGAAUAUACUGCCGAGAGGCCCUGGUGAGGAGUGGGUUAACAUCGACGUUGAGCCUGCUCCGCGAGACGACUCAACCAAAAAGUCAAGUAAGCCCCGUCUCUGGCACAAAAGCGUAAUCGAGCACGCCGGUAGCGUGCUCGGAGGGGCCGAUAUGUCCUCUAUCCUUCCCGGCGAUUUCCUCCUCCCCUCAGAUACCUCCUUCCAGCCAUCAUUCUCCAUAACCUUCGAGUCACUCGACCUCUUCUCGACCGCUGAAUCCGUGCACUCUACUUCCGUCGAUGAACCAUCGCCCCUCACUGAUGCUAGUGGCGAGGGGAAAAUCCAAACCUAUUCUGCGAUGAUGAGGUUCACGUCCGUCGCGGAAGGAGAAGAGAAGAAAGAGGUCAAUGUCUCCUUAACACACGAUGUGUAUUUCGUUACCGCACACCCUUGCAUACCCUCCCCGCAUACAGAAAUUCUGAAAACACCUACGAGUCCCAGUUCUGUCUCUAGCAAUUCCCCCAAAUUCUUAGGGCAUCCACUCCACAAAGCCUACACCUACACCAAACUCCCCCUCCUCUCCCUUCUCUCCUUCCCCGCCAUCACUCCCUUCUCGACCCUCCUCUCCCCAGCCCCCGCAUCCCCUUCUUCCCCCUCCCACUCACCAACCUACCUCACAGACUCAACAACCCACACCACAUCCUCCACAAUCCCUAAAGUCCUCGUAAUCGACUGCACGGAUUCUUCGAUGCUGCACUUCCCUGUGGUGGCAGGGCUUGGCGGGAGUGAGACGAGUAGUAUGCGGAGUGGAGGAAGUGGUGAGAUUGCGAGAGGAGAAAAGCCUUCGAGGGGGAAACGAGGGUCGGAUUUGGAAAUGUUAGCAAGGGCUGUUUGUGCGGAGAGGGGGUGGAAUGCGUUGAUUUCGAGGAGGGGGAGGGGUUGUUUGGGAUGUGCGGUGAGAGAGGCGGGCGCGUUGGGGUGGAGGGUUGUUGUUAGGAUUGCGUAG